CGCAGAUUCCCAGUCGGGCUUGUUCAACAUCGAGUUGACGUACUUAUUUAUCGUUGCCUCCGGUCACAACUACAAAGUACCUUAGGUAGUCAUCCCGACACGUUCAACUCUCACUUUUUAUAAACUCAACCAUUAUUUUUAUAUAACAUAACAGUCACUGCAUACUUCCCUUCGCUCUAAAGCCUUGAUCGCCUGCUAUAAGCGUUCCGUUCAUUAUUAGAAUUAGACGUUAAACACACAUAAACCAGACUUAUAAGAGUUCAGACGGUGAUACCGAAUUAUAAAGAGCCAACUUUUACUACGAAACAAAAACAUCCGCAAUGGACGUCCAUCUUCUCGCGUACGACCUAUCAAAUGGUCUAGCCAAGCAAAUGUCUCUUGGAUUGCUAGGCUUUCAGCUCGAUGCUGUUUAUCAUACUUCAAUCGAGUUAGACAACAGGGAAUAUGUCUACGAUAGCGGUAUAAAUGUGAUCCGACCUGGAAGUUCUCACUUAGGACAACCUUUAGAACGAAUUCAUCUUGGGAAGACCGAGUUGCCUAUGGAGGUUAUCCUCGAGUAUCUUGAUUCGCUCAAGCAUAUAUAUACUCCAGAAGCCUAUGAUCUGUUUCGACAUAAUUGCAAUAAUUUCAGCAAUGACUUCUCCAUGUUCCUGUUAGGAAAGGGAAUACCAAGCCAUAUCGCGAAUAUGCCACAAGCUGUGCUUGAUUCGCCAUUCGGUAGAAUGUUGCAACCUCAACUUGCGCAGAUGGUUGAGCAAAGGAAGGCUCAGCGAGGCGGAUUACUCGGCAUACAGGAUAAUAUUCAACCGCACACGAACGGAACUUCAAUCGGUGUUACAAACGGCGCCGGCUCAGCCGCUCCGUCUCACCGCCCAAGCGUAAUAAAUGUUACUAAUCUCCGAGAGCUUGACGAUGUGCUGCAAAGAGCCGAGAAAUCAUGUGCCAUCAUUUUCUUUACUUCGCCCACCUGCGGUCCAUGCAGAGCGCUUUACCCUCUCUAUGAUGGUCUCGCAGCGGAGUACGGAAAUAAAGUCACCAUCGUGAAAGUUGAUAUGUCUCGGGCUUUUGACGUUGCGCAAAGGUACUCAGUUAGCGCAACGCCUACGUUCAUUACGUUUGUCCACGGUAAAGAGGGCGAGCGAUGGAUGGGUGCUGAUGCGGCUCGCCUUAAGAGUACCGUCGAGCUGCUCGUUCAAAUGGCGGUCCCGAGUCAUCCGCAUCGGAUGCUCAGGUUGCCUCGUUUCGAGAACGCGGAGUUAAAGCCAGUACUGUACGAGAAAGUCCCGCCGCUUUCUAAGUUACUGUCCAAGUUGGGACCGGAAGCCGAGAACCCCUCGAUUCAAAGUCUGAAGAAUUUCAUCGAGACUAGGUCAUCCGAAGGUCCUGCAGAAUCUCCACUACCAGACUUGCCCGCCUUCUCUAAAUUCCUAUGCUCUGCAGUAGAGUCCCUGCCUAAGGAAGUCCUGUUCACGGUCGUGGAUCUCUUCCGCUGUGCACUUGUUGACGAACGGCUCAGCGGGUACUUCGCAGAAGAGUACGAUCAGAAAACAGUUGUCACUAUCCUCGAUACUGUGAACAAAGCGAGCGAUUGUCCUUACGCUCUAAGACUAGUUACUUUGCAGAUGGCCUGUAAUCUAUUCUCGAGCCAUUUGUACGCCGAACAGAUUCUCAGGCAGGAGACCUUACGAAGUCACAUCACGCGACUUAUUUCAUCAAGCUUCCUAGACGACAGCCGCGACAAUAUCCGGGUGGUAGCAUCGUCGCUACUGUUCAAUGUGGCUAUCACAAAUUACCAGGCGAGGCAGGAAUCAAGAGAUGUUCUUCCCGAAGAUGACCAGGUAGAACUUGCGGCGUCGGUGGUGGAAGCUAUAUCUCAAGAAGAAUCCUCGAAUGAGGCACUACACGGCAUGUUAUUGGCGCUCGGAUAUCUAGUUUAUUGCGCCCCUUUAGAAGGCGACCUUACAAACUGUUUGAAAAUCAUGGAUGCGCAAGGAACUAUUCUUGGAAAGAAGAAAGCCUUUCCGAAAGAGUCUCUCAUCACCGAGGUAGGGAGUGAGCUAUUAGGAAAAGGCCUUGCUAGAAGAUAGACUUGUUGCCGUGGGAUGUUGUUUCUUUAGCAUGAGUCGGUUGCCUGUGCGGGAUUGAAGAAGGUGGAUUAAUUCUAGGUACGUUAAUACAGGAUGCAUUUUUAAUAGAGCAAACAUCGUAUUAGCUGGUACUUCUUACAUGUUUAUUUUUUGGACUCCGUUACUAUGGUACACCCUUUUACACCUUCUGUAUUCGCAUUACCUAUUCCAUUACAUCUGAAAUUUUUACAAAUUCCUAUGGUAAUGCCUGGAAGACAUCACAUCCGUACAUAUUUUAACCCCUUAAAUGAUAAUAACUUUUUUUUCCGUAUCACACAUAUCACAAAAUCUUUGGUUAAUGCCCC